AUGCGGGCGAGGGGAACAACACCAGUAAUAGAGAUGCCAAUACAUGAGGAUCAGAGAAGACCAAAGUCAAGAAGGAAAGAACUCUCUAAAGAAGACAAAGGUCGGAAACUAACAAAAGAAUCAAAACAGGAACAGGCAGAUAUACAUAUUAUCAUGCUUCCUGCAUUGCGUUCGUUAAUCAAUGGUUCUAGUAGUUGGAUGAUAUCGAGACAUGGAGUUAACCCCAAGUCCCCUCCUGGGUAUCGAGGAAGCAAGGCUGCGAACCUUGUAACCUUAACCCUUGCCAGCGGAAGGCCAGAGCCUAUUGAUGAUGUCGAGAUAGUCUUCGAAGCAGGCAAAGCUCUCUUCUAUUCCCAUUGUGAGCUAGAGCUGGGAAGCCCGAAGAAGGAGUUGAGUGUGAAAGCUGCAGCAAAGGUGCUACUAGCCAGUUUCUUGAGUGAGAAGCUGAUGUUGGUGAAAAAAGGAAUUUGGAGCACAUGGCAUAAGCCAAAGAUCCCGGGACUAAAAGCUAACGAGAUGAUUCUGGUUAAACCGGGCAUUCCUGAGAGCAAGGGUCGAUGUCAUUGA